AUGGUGUACCGUAGGAAGUAUGGUUGUGGGGCACAGAAAUCAUGGAUAGAAAGAGCUUUCAGCAAGAGAGAAUGUGUGCACAUUAUUGUAAGCACCAAAGACCACCAUAGGUGCUGUUGUGGCCGUCUAAUUGGUCAACAUGUUGGCCUGCCCCCCAGCAUCUCAUCCAAUCAGAAUGAGAAGUCAGAGCGUGUGCCAAAGAAUGACAGCUUGUCAGAGAAGUGGUCCAUCAGCAAGCACACCCAGCUCAGUCCCACUGACGCCUUUGGAACCAUUGAGUUCCAGGGAGGUGGACACUCCAACAAAGCAAUGUAUGUACGAGUGUCUUACGACACUAAGCCAGACUUACUGCUGCAUCUGAUGACAAAGGAGUGGCAGCUGGAGCUUCCCAAACUGCUCAUCUCUGUUCAUGGAGGACUUCAGAACUUCGAGCUGCAGCCCAAACUCAAGCAAGUCUUCGGCAAGGGUCUCAUCAAGGCGGCCAUGACCACUGGGGCCUGGAUCUUCACUGGAGGAGUCAAUACUGGAGUCAUAAGACAUGUUGGUGAUGCUCUAAAAGACCACGCUUCCAAAUCGAGAGGGAAGAUCUGUACUAUCGGUAUUGCACCCUGGGGGAUUGUGGAGAACCAGGAAGACCUGGUGGGCAAAGAUGUGGUCCGGCCGUACCAGACGAUGUCUAACCCUCUUAGUAAGCUAACGGUGCUCAACAGCCUACACUCCCACUUCAUUUUGGCUGAUAAUGGCACCACCGGAAAGUAUGGAGCAGAAGUCAAACUGCGCAGACAGCUAGAGAAGCACAUCUCUCUACAAAAGAUCAACACACGGAUCGGACAGGGUGUUCCAGUGGUGGCUCUAAUAGUGGAGGGGGGUCCUAAUGUGAUCUCUAUCGUGCUUGAGUACCUGAGAGACACUCCUCCUGUGCCUGUGGUGGUGUGUGACGGCAGCGGUCGUGCCUCUGACAUCCUGGCCUUUGGGCAUAAGUACUCAGAGGAGGGCGGAAUCAUAAACGAAUCUUUGAGAGACCAGUUAUUAGUCACCAUUCAGAAGACGUUUACGUACAGCCGGACGCAGGCCCAGCAUCUCUUCAUCAUUCUGAUGGAGUGCAUGAAGAAGAAAGAACUGAUAACAGUAUUUCGGAUGGGAUCAGAGGGACACCAGGACAUUGAUCUGGCCAUUCUAACAGCUCUUCUGAAAGGGGCCAAUGCAUCAGCUCCAGAUCAACUGAGCCUGGCUUUGGCCUGGAACAGAGUUGACAUCGCUCGAAGCCAGAUCUUCAUUUAUGGACAGCAGUGGCCUGUGGGCUCUCUAGAACAGUCAAUGCUGGAUGCACUGGUGUUGGACAGAGUGGACUUUGUGAAGCUGUUGAUUGAGAAUGGAGUGAGCAUGCACCGCUUCCUGACACUGUCCAGACUUGAAGAGCUCUAUAAUACGAGGCAUGGUCCAUCCAACACCUUGUACCACCUUGUCAGAGAUGUGAAAAAGGGUAACCUGCCCCCUGACUACCGCAUCAGCCUGAUUGACAUCGGAUUGGUAAUUGAAUACCUCAUGGGUGGAGCCUAUCGCUGCAAUUACACCAGGAAGAGAUUUCGGACCCUAUAUCACAACCUUUUUGGACCCAAAAGACCAAAAGCCCUGAAGCUGCUUGGAAUGGAGGAUGACAUGCCCAUUAGGCGAGGACGUCAGAAGACCACAAGGAAGCGAGAGGAGGAAGUAGACAUUGACUUGGAUGACCCAGAAAUCAAUUACUUCCCUUUCCCGUUCCAUGAGCUGAUGGUUUGGGCAGUGCUGAUGAAACGCCAGAAGAUGGCCCUGUUCUUUUGGCAGCAUGGCGAGGAGGCCAUGGCUAAAGCGCUGGUGGCCUGUAAGCUCUGUAAGGCAAUGGCCCACGAAGCUUCAGAGAAUGACAUGGUAGAUGACAUUUCACAGGAACUCAAUCAAAACUCAAGGGAGUUUGGUCAGCUGGCUGUUGAGCUGCUCGAUCAGUCAUAUAAGCAGGAUGAACAGAUGGCCAUGAAGCUGUUAACCUACGAGCUGAAGAACUGGAGUAAUGCCACCUGUCUGCAGCUGGCAGUGGCUGCCAAGCACAGGGACUUCAUCGCCCACACGUGUAGCCAGAUGCUUCUCACCGACAUGUGGAUGGGACGUCUGCGUAUGCGCAAGAACUCUGGCCUAAAGGUUAUCUUAGGCCUGCUACUGCCCCCCUCCAUAUUGAGUCUUGAGUUAAAAAAUAAGGACGAGAUGUCAUAUAUGCCACAGGAUCAGGACACCUACCUGCAGGAGAAGGAUGUGGAUGAACCUGAGAAACAAGCUAAGGAGAAAGAGGAGGAGGACAUGGAGUUCACAGUAAGAUCUUACUGUGAGACGCAGUACAACUCCGUGGCUAUGCUGGGAAAUGUCAGUUCAGAAGCGUCUCGUAAGAAACAGGUGGAAGAGGUUCAGAACCGCCAUCGGCUGAUUCCAGUGGGUCGCAAAAUUUAUGAGUUUUACAACGCCCCUAUCGUCAAGUUCUGGUUUCACACGUUGGCCUAUGUAGGAUACUUGAUGCUCUUCAACUAUAUUGUUCUGGUGAAGAUGGACCUGUGGCCCUCUCCUCAGGAGUGGAUUGUUAUUGCCUACAUUUUCACCAAUGGCAUAGAGAAGAUGAGAGAGAUCCUCAUGUCAGAGCCAGGGAAGCUCCUGCAGAAGGUGAAAGUGUGGUUGCAGGAGUACUGGAACAUCACUGACCUCAUGGCCAUCCUCAUCUUCUCCAUCGGAAUGGUGCUUCGCCUCCAAGACCCGCCCCUGAUGAGCUACGGGAGGGUCAUUUACUGUGUCAAUAUCAUCUAUUGGUACAUACGACUGCUUGACAUCUUUGGAGUGAACAAAUACCUGGGUCCAUACGUCAUGAUGAUCGGCAAGAUGAUGAUUGACAUGAUGUAUUUUGUGAUCAUCAUGUUGGUGGUGCUGAUGAGUUUCGGAGUGGCGCGGCAGGCUAUCCUCAAUCCCAAUGAGGACCCAUCCUGGAUGCUGGCACGCAACAUCUUCUUCAUGCCUUAUUGGAUGAUCUACGGAGAGGUGUUUGCUGACCAAAUCGACCCUCCAUGUGGUCAGAACAUCACCACAGAGGAAGGAGUCAUCAUGCCUCUCCCACCUUGCAAAACUGGAGCUUGGAUUGUCCCCGCCAUCAUGGCCUGCUACUUGCUGGUGGCCAACAUCCUUCUGGUUAAUUUGCUCAUUGCUGUCUUUAAUAACACAUUCUUUGAAGUGAAGUCCAUCUCCAACCAGGUGUGGAAGUUCCAGAGGUACCAGCUGAUUAUGACCUUCCAUGAACGGCCUGUCCUUCCACCUCCUCUCAUCAUUUUCAGCCACAUAACUAUGGUCCUCAAACACCUCUGCUGUCGCUGGAGGAAACAUGAUGAGGAUGAGCGGGACUACGGGCUGAAACUCUUCAUUACUGAAGAUGAACUGAAGAAGGUACAUGACUUUGAAGAGCAGUGCAUGGAGGAGUAUUUCAGAGAGAAAGAUGACCGCUUCAAUUCCUCCAACGAUGAGAGGAUACGUGUGACAUCUGAAAGGGUGGAGAACAUGGCAAUGCGUCUGGAGGAAGUGAAUGAGAGGGAACAUUUCAUGAAAGCAUCCCUGCAGACUGUGGAUAUCCGGCUCGCCCAGAUGGAGGAGAUGAUCGGCCGCAUCGCUGUGGCACUGGAGCGGGUUGCUGGUAUGGAUCGAGGUGAAGUCAACAAAGCCCGGUCCAGGACAUCAUCUGACUGUACAGAUACAAAUUACAUCCUGCGCCAGAGCAGUUUCAACAGCCAAGAAGGCAAUUCCAACAGGCUACAGGAGUCUCUGGAGCAGGGUGGCGAAGAGUCCAUUUCCCCUACAUCUCCAACCACUCUGGCCCCACGUGUCCGCAGUCACUCCUUCUAUGUAAGCCACUCCUCCAAGGAUAGGAGCGGUGCAGAUCGAGGAGAAGGCUUCCUUAAAGACAGAUUGUUCAGCCUCCAUCGGGCCAACAGCUCACAGUCUGUGUCCUCAGGAGCAGGUCCCAAAGAGUCCAAGCCCACACCUUUGAAUACUUUAUCUGUGGACCAGCAGCUACGCCCUUCUUCCUGUAUAGACAUCUAUGUUUCUGCCUCAGAGGACGUCCCGCCCACUAAGAGCUUCUUGGAGCCGGUCCGGGCAGUUCCGUCUCUUGCUCGAGACUCAUCUCUCCAUUCUGAGAUCAUGGAGGUGGUGCUCUCAAGGGGGCGGGACUGCAGUGGAAGGGCAGGGGGCAGCGAAAGACAGUCGGAUGGCACGGUCCUGUUUGAGGACAGCGCUGCUGCUGACCUAUCGCUCUGCUCUGCCCACCUGCUGCCAGAUACCUUGCCCCCCUGGGACAUGGACCCCUCGCCGCCACCAUCGGCUGGUGCUCUUGAGCGGUCCAAGAGCAGCCGCUUCCUAUCCACAGCAGGGCCUCUGUUUCUGGACGAGCCGCCAUUAGUUAAGUCGCACAGCCUGAUGUUCACGUCACGUGGUUACUAUGGCGGCAUGGGCGUGCAGGUGAAGGCAGCCGAAUAUACCAGCAUAACAGAUUGCAUCGACACCCGUUGCGUCUCUACCCCUUACCCUGUCCCAGAGAGGUCUGAUUCACCUGGAGGCUCUUUCACAUUCGAUAAGCCCCAGGACCUGGGCGUCUCACACCCUGAGAGAGAUGCUGAGCUCAGUCAUGCAGAAUCUGAUCCAGAGGAACCCGCAGAGGGGUCAGCAGACACAGUUAAGGGGGGUCAAAGCAGCAGUGGCAGAAUAGGCGCAGACCUGGGCCUGGGCCUCGCACUGGGCCCGUUUUGCUCGCCGAUAUCUAGACUAGAGCGUGCAAACAGCUACUCCUCUUCGGAGGAGUCGCAUUCCAACAUCUACUCCCGAAAGAGCUUCUCCAUUAGUGAGAAAAUGGACAAGGGUCGUGGAAGCUCCAGGAAUCCUUUCCAGAAGGCCAGAGCCGGGGCAAGGCUGGAGGGUAAGACAGACUCGCUGUCCAUGAGGAAACUGGCCAAACCCUCAGAAUUCCGAAGUUUUGAUAGCAGACACAAUUACACGUGAUGAUGGCAGACCAGUAGUGAUGCCAUUGUAGAUCUAGUUCCUGUAGGAUGGCUCUACCUCGUUUAAAAUCCAAGGGCCAGUCCGUUAAUUAGUACUGUCUGAAUGAGUAAUUAGCUGUACACUGGAAUGUUUUAUCAUGGGUAUCAACUUCCUGUUAAUUUCCUGUUAUAACACUGCAAUGCAAAGUCAGAUUUUCUUUAGUAUUCAUAGAUUCAGAAGAUGACCACUGCCAUUAGGCCAACAUUAGUACCCAGUUGAGAGGAAAACCUUGAGAUUAAGGGCCUGUUAACACUAUGAUGAAUGUUCGGUAUGA